CUAGUAAAUAUGUUCUCGCGAGAUUACCUUGACUUCCUGGUUACGCUGUGCAACAACCUCUACAGUCAAUAAAUUGGGACACAAAGAGCCAUCAUUUUCAAUUCCUCAAAAUGAUGGUCCAGAGACCCCGCAGGACCCGCGAGGUGACGGGUCCAACACCUAGUUCAGUCGCUAUCAAAGCAAGACCUCCAAAUGUCAGACCACCAGAAUAUUUGAUUCUAGAGAGAAGAAAAAAAGAAGAUAUGCUAGAUAAUUAUAGAAAAAAUACACAGUAUAUGGAAUUCAAUGAUCUGAAAAAUGAAUGGGAGAGAACAACUGACAGAAAAAUCAAAUUGAACACAGUUAAACGGAAGGUGGAUGGUCUCUUAUUAGCUAGUCAGUUCACAAUUGAAGAUAGGAGAGAAAGAUUAAGAGCAUUGCUCAGAGCAGAAGAACAGGGUUUCUUGAGGGAAAUGGAGGCCAAAGAGGAAACAGUUUUAGAGCGUCAAGCUAAAAUGAGAGAACGUGCCAAAUUCCUGAAAGACAAAAGAGAGGAAGAGAGACUAAAUUUUGUUCAAGAGAAAUAUGACCAGCAAUUCAGAAACCAAUGUGAAGAGUUACGGUCAACAUUAUCCAAGCGACAACAGGAUGAGGUAUGCGUAGAGAGAUUAGAACAACUCAGAAUCAAAGAAGAAAUUGAGAGAGAGAAGAAAGAACACGAAGCCAUGUAUGCCAAACUCUGGGAGCAAGAUAUGUUGGCUAAGGCUGCUCGUGAGGAGAGAGAUGCACAGGCAGCUCAUGAGAGAAACCAGGAGGUGUUGUCAGUCCUAAGGAAACAAAUGGGAGCGCUGGAGGAGCAGAAGGAGGCAGCCCGGCGCCUGAAGGAGGAAGAGGCUCAUCUUCUGAGAGAACAAGCCAUCUUAAGACAAAUGGAGGAAGCCAAGGCACGGGAGGACAAGCUCCGACAACAGCAGGAAACCAGAGACAUUCUGGAUCUGUCUCUGAAGCUGAAGAUGAAGAAGAAGGCAAAGGCAGAGCAAGAACAGUUGGCCUUUGACCUCAAAAUUCUGGAACAAUUAUUGGAGGAGUCUAGGAAUGAGGCUAUGGAACAAAUCCAGAGAAAGAGAGAAUUACGUGAAGAGGACAGGCGAUACAGAGAAUAUCUGCACCAGUUAAUGGAGGAGGAGAAAGUCAAAGAACGCGAGCUGGAGAAGCUGGUGAAUGAAGAAGUAGAGAAGAUGUGGCAGAAACGUCUGAACCAGUGGCAGCUGGAGAGGCAGGCCAGGAAGAAACUGCUACAGGAUGUGAUGGCUGGCCGAGCAGUCCAAAUCCAGGAAAGAUUGAUUGAAAAUGAUAGGAAACAGAGGCAAGCUGAAGCAGAGAGACUAGAACUCCUGAGCACCAUUGAAGAAAACCGGCGGCUAGAGGAGCAGCAAGCUGCCAAACUGUGGCAGAAAAAUGCUAACUACCAGAAAGACCUCCAGGGCCAGAUUGAGUACAACCAGAAAUUACGGGAAUACGAACAUCAACGAGAGGAGGAAGAGUUUCUGUUGGGAAUGCAGGCUGAGCGGGAAUAUCAGAUCCGCCUAAAGGACUGUCUGGAUAAUUCAGAGUAUGACAAACUCCACCCCAUGAGGAGGGCCAUGAGAAAUAGUGCUCAUUAAAUCAACACUCUUGUUGUUAUCUUUGUUUUUUAAAAAGCGUGAUUUUUAAAUUACAUGUGUAUUUCUAAGUGAAACUAUUUGACAGUAGAGGUAUGUACACAUGUAUGUUAUUAACUGAGGAAAUACUGUGAAGGACUCAUGUUUCAUGAGACUUUAUAUCCGUUAGUUUGCCUUGCGAUAUUUAUCUGCAAGUCACAAUUUUCAAGAAUAUCUAGUGUUUCACACAAUCUAUUUAUAUUUCAAAAUGUUUGAAUGAAAUUUUUCUAUUGGCAAAGUGAGCUUACUUAAAGAACAAUAAAGUUGUUAAGAGGCGAUUUACAGAAUAUGUCCAAGAAAAUACUGCACUUUUACAGUCCUUAUGCUUGAUUCAAUGAACUGGACAUUACAACAGAACUUUUUUUUGUAAAGUCUGAAACUUGUUCAUUCAGACAAUCUACUCUUUAUGGCCAGAGACUGUACUUUUUUAUGUUCUAUAGACUUUUUAUUUCAAUGGAGGAAUGAUAACGAAGGAUAUGUGAUUGGCUGAAUGAUGUAUAAUAUCUUGCUGAGUGGGUUAAUUUUGUUAUGCUGUUUUGCAUGUAUGAGUCACAAUAGUGAGUUCCGAAGUAUGAGUGAAUAUGAUAUUGAAUGUAAAAUUUUGUCUUAAAUGACCAAAAGCCUGCAUUUCCUGUGAUAUGUUGUAAAUAGUAUUUAAUCACGCUAGAAAAAUAUACGUUACACUAAGUUUCAAAUAUUUAAAGUAUAAGUACAAUUUGCAAAUCAAGACAUUUAUUUAUAAAUUUCUUGUUUUAUGAAUUUAAUCAUGUCUCUGUGUGAACUCUAUAUGGUUUUUCUCUUCUUGAUUUACAGGUGUCAUUCUCCAACAUUUAAAAGUUUACAUUUACAAAUGUACUUGAAAUAAAAAUGGAACAGAA